UCGUCAAAACAGUGGAAAAGUGUAGCUCGGAAUGUUGCAGUGGAAAAAAAUGCUAGUUUUCUCGUAAAAGUUCAUGAUAUGGUCAAGAAUUGCUAGCUCCAGCGUUGGCGAUAAGAAAAACGAACAAGGAGCAUAUAACAUAUCAACAUGUCCAGUGCUCGAGAUCUAUUUAGUUUGCCGGCCGGCCCAGCCGACUUGUGCUUCGAUAAGAACGAAUUCAUGAAGAAAACCUUUUCGGUGGACGAGUUCCUGCAUGAGAAUCGGAAUGCGGGUAGUUUAGAGAACAUACGAGACGAUCUAGGACUUUACCUUAAGGUGCUGCGAUCUGCGAUGAUUGAGCUAAUCAACCAAGACUAUGCCGAUUUUGUGGAUCUGUCUGCAAAUUUGAUCGGGCUAGACCAGCAGAUAGGUGAAAUCGAUGCACCACUGCAGAAGCUCAAGCAGGAAAUGUUGACGGUCAAAGGUGCACUGGAAGGGACAAUGAAGGACAUUUCUGACUGCUUGGAGCAGAAGAAAGCCUUACGGGCGUAUAAGAAAAGUCUUCAGAGUUUAGCAAAGGUUCAGGCAGCGCUUGUGAAAUUGAAAAGCCUUCUUAAACCGGUAGAUGAGAAGCAGGACGAAAUAAAUCCAACUUUGUUAGAGCGAGCUGCCCUGGAAUCGAUCCAACUGCAGUUCAAUUUAAAGUACUGCAGCGAGUUUUUGGACGAAGAACAAAAGCAAAGCGCAGAUCAUUGGAAGGGCAGUCUAUUGACGCAGUUGAAAACCUACUUUUUGAAUAUGUUGGAAAAGAAAGACUUGGACGGAUUGGAACGCUGUCUUCGAAUUUAUUGCACACUUGACGAGUGUCAUAUUGCAGAGGAAGUAUUCAAAACGGAGAUAGUUACGCCGUACAUGAGCCGUGUCGUAUCGGAAAGCAGUCUACAGAACUCGCCGCAAGGAUUGACAGGAAUCUAUAAUCAGAUUUUGGACUUCAUCUCACUCAAUAUGAAGAGUUUGUUGAGCCUAACGAAGAAAAAUGGAAAAGUUAAAGGCUACAAGUUUGUAAUCAAUAGCUUUUGGACCGAAGUCGAGCGACGCAUGGAAACCAACAUGUCUUCAAUAUUCGCACCUGGUAAUCCGGACUCGUUCUAUAGCAAGUACAAAUGUACCCUGGAAUUUCUUGAGCGAAUUGAACUGAUUCUUGAAGAUCCAGUUGAAAUCAACUGUUUCAAGACGCAUUCCCAGUAUAAAAGUUUUCAGGUACGAUGGAAUCUGCCUGUUUACUUCCAGAUUCGCUUUCAGGAAAUUGGUUCCAACCUGGAAAAGGCCUGCACUCGGGAAAUAGAUGCGGUAAAAUUCUCGACACAGCAAAUCAGUGUCAGUCAAUUCAAUCUUUUGCAAUUUUCGAUUGUCCUCACCUGCAUUUCAAAUUGCUGGCAGGAUGGGAUUUACCUUCCUCAGCUAUUUCAUCGAUUUUUGAAGCUGACCUUACAGUUGCUAUCUAGAACAAUGACCUGGAUCGACAAUGUGGUUGCAUUGAACCCCAUAGCUCCGCAAGACUCCGGGCAGGAGCAAUCCCUGAGGCUCAAACUUCUAGCCACCCUGUUUUCGGAUAUUACCAAUCUGUCCAAAAAGAUACCCCAAAUAGUCAGUCUUAUCCUGGAUAAAUCGCCAACAAAUCUUGAACUAGCCUCCCCUCAGCUAGACGAGCUAUUUUUCGAUAACCGUUCCGCGCUGACAACCAAACUGAAUCGAUUACAAACACUAAUCGUUCAAGAACUGGUGCAAAACAGCGCUCCCUACAUCAAACAGGUCAGUGACAUUCCUCGGUUGUAUCGUAAAACCAACCGGGAUGUACCCAGGCGAUGCUGUCAAUACAUGGAACAGUUGAUACAACCGAGCAGGAGCUUUCGGGAGAACUACAGCUCGUUGGUGGGAGACGAACGGCUUAAAGAUUUUCUGGCAAAUGUGUACGGAAGUUUAACUACCAGUUAUUACAAUGCAGUGGAGGAAGUGCUGAUGUCGGUCCAAAAAACCGAAGAAUCCCUUCGUCGAUUGAAGAGUCUUCGCGAUCGAAAUUUCACGACAGCCGCUGCUAGCAGCAAUAGCACAACGGCAAUGACCGACGAUGAUAAAAUACGGCUGCAAUUGCAAGUGGACGUUAUUUAUUAUGUGCAGGAGAUCGAACGCAUCGGACUGGCACGGGGUGAAAUUGAAAAACUGAACGAAUUAGAGCGAUUGGUAGAGGAAGCGACUAAAAUAAGGAUUGGUUCGGGUUCACAAUCGAUAGCGCAAUCGUGAGAAAAGAAAAUGGGAGUUCUUUCGUCCGUUCUAGAGCAGAAAGUUUUGGUUAAUGUUAAAACUGCGCGCUGAAAUUGUUCCAACCGCCAUCGAUUUUCCAAGCACGUAGAAGCAUUUUUCUACACAAUUUUAGGAGUUUGCAAAUUCAGAAAUGUUGUAAAAAUUAUGUUAAACGACAGUGACUAAUAAUAAUGCUAACACAAAGU